CGGAGUUCUAAAACACUACAAUCUGCCUUUUGUCCUUCACCCUCAUGAACGGUCUUCACACCUAUGGAGAUGACUCGCAAAGCGACUCGGAGGAGAAGGUCGCUUCAUCCUCGAAGACCGGUGUGGGAAUAUAUCUAAAUAAUAUGCCAACCCAGCCCGCCUGCUACCAAAGUCUCAAGUAAUCAUCCGCCGGCCUGCGCAGCAGAGAGGUCACCCUCGUGCUCAUGUAUCAGAUGAAAUCGUUGGCGGUUCAGAAAGCCUUCGGGCUUUCAGUCCAGCGUCUAUGCCCGAUGCGUUUCUGAACACGGAACAAGUUGAAACUGGAUCUCUAGAGGAGGCUGAUGAAAUCUCUCACCUCCGACAACUAUUGAGACCACCGUCAAUUCCUGGUUUCACAGACUGGGGUAUUUCGCCAGCGUCUUCGUCUCCCCAUGACCCGACGAUUCAGACUAAACUUGCACAAUUUCACGCUUUAAAGCAAGAUUCUGAACAUCCCAAGCAUUUUAACGAUUCACUUAUGUCCAACCGGUCCUUCCGCAAUCCCCAUCUAUAUGCUAAGCUGGUAGAAUUUGUGGAUGUCGAUGAGCGCACGACGAAUUUUUCCAAGGAUAUGUGGGAUCCAGAUGACAUGCGCCCUGAAUGGUUUGCGGACAGCAUCGCCGUGCUGCAAAAAGCUCGCUCAGAGCAAACUGCUUCCUCCCAGUCGAAGCGAACACAGAUAAAUUUCACGACUUCUGCGAAGGUACCACCCCAUCAUCCCACUCAUGACAAGCUGGCCCCACGUCACAGUAGCAGAUUCCAUCCCUACUCUCGCCUGCGCUAAACUCUAUCCUCAUGUAUCAUGUACAUUACCACACGCAUCUCUAUAUGUCACUCUUCAAGUCCUUGAGUGUAUCAUUAGUCCCUUACCAAACGGUUUAGCUUUACAUGUGUCACUAUGAUGACCAACUCUGGAUACGCUUCAACUGCGCAAGGCCGUCCGCGA